GGCCUGGGAAGGCGGCUCCUCCCCGGCCGGCCCACCUCCCCCGCCCGUUACACCCGGGGGAAGGUGUUCCCGAGGCCGCUCCCAUCCUCACCCCGCCUCCCCGCUUCCCCGGCUCCAGCCUCCGCCGGCGGAGCUCCACUAUGCCAGACAGUUUCGACACUUUGCAAAGACAAAGACCAGAGGGAGGAGGAAGAGGAGGACGAGGAGGAAGAGGAGGAGGAGAGAGCGAAGGAAGAGGUUAUGUGAGCUGGGAAGAAGGCGAGGGUUCGGGAUACCCUCCUUGGAUUCCCCUCCUGACCCCCUCCUCCCCAAGCCCCGGAAACUCCAGCGUGUCCCCGGCCGCGAUGACAGACAACCCUCAGUGCCUUCAUCAAGCCGGCUGUGUAACCGCCACAUCUCUGGUGACAGCAUCGGAAAGACCGAGUUCUAAUUAAGGGGCAUCACACGCCAUCCUUUCCGGAGGACGGUGGCCAAGACAGCUUCCCUUUAUCCUGCGCUGUGACCCUCCCUUCGAGGUCCUCACCCCCAAGGGACCCUGGACUGUCACAAAGAUUAAUUACCCCUCAGCCUCUUUGGAUGAGAAAGGAAAUCACUGUUAAGUUUGAUUAAAGCUUCAUCAAGAGGCUGUUGAAGGAUUGCUAACGAAGCAGGCUCCUUUAUUUCCUGAAAAGACAAAUUAUACACAGGAAAAGCCAGCCCACAUGAGUGGUCCCCUCAGCCUUUGACUGUCUCGGGGUGUCGUCGACACAUCAGCGGAAGGGAAGUCGGCCGUGGCAGACCUUGAGGCCCCCACGCAGCCCCACCUUACCUUGGGAUCGAGCCUCUCUCUCUGAGAUCCUUCUGCAUAGUCCGUCCUCAGUUAGUUGUGAUUUCCUCCAGCCCAUCCCCGGGAGGCCCCCAGCAGGGAAGCAGAAAUGGCGACCCACAGGAGAAGGAUCCUCAAAGUGCUCACCCUCCUCAUCCUCUUCAUCUUCCUCACCUCCUUCUUCCUGAACUACUCCCACACCGUGGUGACCACCGCCUGGUUCCCCAAGCAGAUGGUCCUCGAGCUCUCGGAGAACUUCAAGAAGCUGGUACAGUAUUCCCACAGGCCCUGCAGCUGCGCCCGCUGCAUCGGCCAGCAGAAGGUCUCGUCCUGGUUCGAUGAGAGGUUCAACCGGUCCAUGCAGCCGUUGCUGACAGUGCAGAACGCCUUCCUGGAGGAAGACGCCUAUAACUGGUGGCUGAGGCUCCAGCGGGAGAAGGAGCCCAGUAACCUCAACGACACCAUCAAGGAGCUGUUCCGAGUGGUGCCUGGGAAUGUGGACCCCCUGCUGGGGAAGAGGUCGGUGGGCUGCCGGCGCUGUGCCGUCGUGGGCAACUCAGGCAACCUGAAGGAGUCGUCGUACGGGCCGCAGAUAGACAGUCACGACUUCGUGCUCAGGAUGAACAAGGCCCCCACAGCGGGGUUUGAGGCCUACGUGGGGAGCAAGACCACCCACCACCUCGUGUACCCUGAGAGCUUCCGGGAGCUGGGGGAGAACGUCAGCAUGGUCCUGGUUCCCUUCAAGACCACCGACCUGGAGUGGGUGGUCAGCGCCACCACCACGGGCACCAUCUCCCACACCUACGUGCCUGUGCCCGCGAAGAUCAAGGUGAAACAGGACAAGAUCCUGAUAUACCACCCGGCCUUCAUCAAGUACGUCUUCGACAACUGGCUGCAGGGCCACGGGCGGUACCCGUCCACCGGCAUCCUCUCGGUCAUCUUCUCCCUGCACAUCUGUGACGAGGUGGACUUGUACGGCUUCGGGGCAGACAGCAGAGGGAACUGGCACCAUUACUGGGAGAACAACCCAUCGGCGGGGGCUUUUCGCAAGACUGGGGUGCACGAUGGGGACUUCGAGUCCAACGUGACGGCCACCUUGGCGUCCAUUGACAAGAUCCGAAUAUUCAAGGGGAGAUGACACUGCUGACACACCAGAGCGCGCCUCUCGAGGGCCAGCCCCAGCCUCUCGCCGGAGCCGUCCCGUCCCGGGAACUUCAAGGGCCAGCCUCAGGGGUGUGCCUGGGUGCCCCUUGCAGCCUCUUGCACCCCGACAUUUGGCAGCAUCUACUCAGCAAGGUCGCCGGGCCCCACCAGGGCUACAGAGCAAGUCUCAGAACUGGUCUCGGGAGGGGAGAAGCCCCUUGCUGCCGUCCCGGGCUGGGGGAGGCGGGGAGAAAGAUGGAGAGGUCUAGUCUCCAAACGCUGAGGGAUCGGGGGGUGCAGAGAUGGAAGACUCUCAUAUUCCAAAGGAAAGGACGGCUUCCCAGGGGCGAUGGUCCUGGCUGACACUCAGAUUCUCACAGGGAUGUUUCUGAGUGAGGACCACCUCCAGGACAGAGCCACGUUGGGCAACGUAGGCACUGGCGCGAGGUGACACCUUUCUUUGUACGAUGCCUGCCCUCUCUCUCCCUUGGCGUGACAACCCUGUCUCCCCUUUCUUCCCGAAACUUAUUUAUGGUGGCCAGGAGCGGCACCCCACCCCGAACGUCUUCGUAGACCCUUGGCAAGGUGUUUCUGACUCCAGCAGAUGUCUUCCCAUGCUGACAUUCCCUCGAGUAAUCAAUCUUUGUGGUUAUACUUACGGCUGAGAGCAGGCCUGACUAUUUCUACGUGCCUUUGUAUUGGGGGGAGAGAUGCACGCAUUGGCUGAAAUGAGGCACAAGCCCCCACUCAGGAAAGAGGACCCCCAGCAACAGCCCCCCAUGGCUCCAUAGCUGGGGGCAUCUUUCCUCGUUUCCCGAGCCAGAGCCUGAGUUGGAACAAAGCUCGGAGGAUACUCGCCGUGUCUGGAAGGUCACUCUCAUUUCACAGACUGUUGGAGUCGGCGCCCUUCCGAGGCCACCCAGAGCACCUCCAGCAGCCCGCAUUUCCCCCAAGGGCCCGAGCUUCGGGCCAAGUGCCUGCUGGCCACCUGCGCAGUGUCCUGGCGGUCGUGGGGCCGUCGUAGGAAGGUGGCCGUCAGAGCAGGAGAUGUCAUACCUCAUCUUCUCACUGCCCGCUGCUCUUCCUUCCUCAUCAGCCUUCCUGAUUAUUUAUUGAUUUUUUUUUUUAAAUUCAGCUGACAUCAUGUGCACUUUGUGGCUCAUCGCUGGUCCUGGUGUUUUAAUUCAGCUUGCUCUUGCCUCACCCAGCAGCUGGGGAGUGGGGAGCUUAAAGUGAGGUUUGUGGGGAUCCUCAGACUUGGGGUUUUGGGGUAUCUAGGGCCCGGGGGCUCACUGGGGGGCAGAUCCUGGGGUGUCAGCUUGGUUUGCAGAAUGCUUUGAACUCCCUUCCCUUCAAGCCUCCCUUCCUUCUUUCUCAUUGUCGAUUUGGAUCAAGUCUCAGGUUAGGAAUCUCCAAAACUCAGCGGAACCCGCUUGGGGCCGGGUGGGGAGUGGAGUCACAGGCACAGGAGGAUAGUGAUUGUUGGCUCCAUGACUGACAUUUAAUCAGAAAAGCCCCUGUUCCUGUUGAGAGCAUUUCCUAAAAGGCCACUGCUGCUUUGGGGACGGGUGACAGCUUCCUGGUGGAACGUGACAGAUGUCAGUCUCGGAACCAAGGGGCCCACCUCCUCCCCUCCCCCAAGUGCUCCAGCAAGUCCUGCCCUCCCCAGCCUCAGUUUCUCCCUCUGCAAAUGGGGAGGGAGGAAUUAUGGGAGCUCAGGGGUCACUGAUGGCAUCAUGCAAAUCAAAGGGGCCCCAGAUAUUGCAUGCCACAUCUGCUUUUUUUCCCCCAAGUCUGUGCAUCUGAGCAUUUUCCUGGGGACUGGUGCCGUAGCUUUUAUUAGAUUCUCAAAGAUUUAGAAUCCAGAAAGUGUUUUUUUUUAAAAAAAAAUGUGCCGGCUUUAAAAUCCGUCAAAACUUAAGCUUCUCUUGACUGAUCAAGGCUUGUCAGUCGCUAUGAGGUCACCAUAAAUCCUCGGAGCCCAGAGCUCAGGGCCGUCCUUGACGGAGGAACUCAGCGUGCAUCUGCGCCCUGGCUGGUUGGUCCCAGGAACACAUCUUGAGAAAAACGGACACCGAGACGGGGAGCAGCGGGGACUCCUGAGUUCUUCCCCUCUCCUGCGAGCUGAGUCUGUUCAGGGAUGUCGGGCUCAGAGUGAGCAAUCUGCUUCUGGGCUUUGUCAGGCCAGAGCAGGUCCACAAAGGGAGAACCUGUCCACGGCGGAGCUGCACGCCCCCCGGGGCUACCAUCUGGUUCCCGUCCCGUCUCUCCCUCCCUUGCACUAGGCUGUCCAUGCUGGGAGAUGUCUCCCAGCCUGCAGAAUCCAGCUCUCCCAUUUUGCAGAAAAAUGUGGCCCCGGGAAGGGAAGUGACUUGGAAGAGUGACCCGAUCGUGGCAGACAGCACAAGUCAAAUAGGUUCUGGCAAUAGGACGAUGUGACUGGCUCCGUGUUGAAAAUGUCUGGAGGUGGGCUUUCCCAGCUGGGCUCCAUCCAGCAUCUCCAAGAGCUGUAACCGGGUGUGGGUGUCUGGCUCUGCCUCUCAGCUCUGCACUUCCUCCCGGCAAGCUGUAGCCCCUGCCACGUCAUACCAUCUCUCCGGUGGAGGAGACGACCCUGCUCUUUGCCCGGGCCCCAGCGGACGUCUCACUGGCUCGGCAAUGGACACUCACCUGAAUAAGAGCUGUCACCGUGGCUGGGAUUAAAUGCAUCGAUUGGUUUAAGCCAGCUGGGGCCCAUCCCUGGGUAAGGGUGGCUGAGAAUCGGACAAGAGUGUUUCCCGCAGGGCGUGCCAUGGGCAGGAGAACAGAUGUGGACAGGCCUUCCCCUGUCCAGCACACCCAGUGGCAGGGAGCAGAGAGUCCCUGCCCACAGUCUCAGCAACAAGAGCUCCCAGCAGCGUCGCAGCCUUCGGUGGCCCCCGAGUGAGCCAGGAGGCUGAUUUUCUUAAGGUGGAGCCACCUGCAGCAAAGCCAGCACCUGCACCCACAUCCCCCUGGAGCCCUGCCCUCGCCCACCUGCUAGGGGAGAAAGGAGGGCGGAUUUGUAGCCUCUGACUCCCGGAUCCAUCGGGAGCAGAGAAGAACGUUCUUAAAUUGAUGCCUUUUGGACCUCUGGCUUCGUGAGGUAUCGUCCAGCAAGCCACAUGGGCUGGGCCUAGAGGGAGCAGCCAGAGCCAAGAGAAUAGGACCUAAAAUACAGAAGCCAGACGGGAAGGUGGAGAGGGCAGUUCUGGUAGCGAGAGGCUUGAUGGCAUCCCAGUGUCUGCUGCAGCCGGAAGGGGCUGCGAGAGGCUCAUUCUACCUCGACGUGGACUGGGCCUCUGGUCCAGGGUGGGAUGGAAUCCCAGGGAAUGUUCAGAGCUGUGAGGUUUGCUUUAACUCUUCUCUUCAAGGCAGCCUGAACACAAAGGAAAAUGGAAAACCGAGAGAACUCACGGUUCCUCACGUGAGGAUGAUCGAAAAUGCUUUCUCCAGGGACGGCCACGCCCUGAGUGGCCACUGUCCAGGGAAAGAGGGCUGGAUGCUGGCCACGUGCCGCCAGGAACCAGCCACUGUCCUCGCCUUUCCAAAGAGCUCGCUGCUCUUACUGGGUUUGUGGCCAUCCUCCCCUGUGGUCUGGGCUAACAGGUUUUCCAGAUGGCAUCAGCUUUCCUCCUCUUGUUUGUGAUAAAACAUCAGCUCUCCUGCCCCUGGGGCACAACGUGACACCUCUGUGCAAAGAAACGAAGAGGAACGUCGGAGGACCAGCAGAGACGGGCGUCUCAGUUUGUCAACAUCAGGGCAUCAGCAAGGUUUUUCAUAGCAAAAGAGCGCCCCGUUUCCUCCAAACCGCCAGUCUGCUUCCCGCCUCCUGUUUUCCCUCCCAGCCCAUCAGAGGUCUGUACUCCUGUUGAACUUGACCCCAUUGCUUAGCUUCUCUCAUAGUACAGAACUGCCACUCGUGGCCCCCCUGCCGAUGGCUGGAGCCAGAUGCCGGCUCUACCCGGGGUGUCAGGAGCCCCCGCCCCGUAGGAAGCCUGUGGGGCACAAUCGCGUUAGCACGUCACUGAAUUCACGUCCAAGCCAAAGUUUCCUGAGCACUUUCUCUUCUUUGCAAUCGUGUUGGGUUGGUUGUUGGUGUUUGAAAAUUUGCUUUCUUCCCCCCCACCCCGACCCCGUCCUCGCUCCGCGUCUUGCAGCCUAGCGUUAAGCUGGAUGCGUUUUGAAUGAAGUUACCCAGAGUCUGCCUUCCUGGGCCUCUGCUCUGUUUUAUUUAUUGUUGAACAUUUCCAAUGAUCCGAAUCAAGUGAAUAAAAAAAGAGCUAUUUUAUUGUC